GCUGCCGCUGCCGCUCGCCUGAUUGAUAUAUGACUGCAAUGGCACUUUUCCAUUUGACAUUCUCUCUCUCUCUCUCUCUCUCUCUCUCUCUCUCUCUCUCUCCUGCUUAAACAACAGCCCUAACUUUUGUGUGUUGCAAAUAUAAAAGGCAAGCCAUGUGACAGGGGGACAGAAGAACAAAAGCAUUUGGAAGUAACAAGACCUCUUUUUCGCUCUGAGUUGCCGGAGUCCAAAGGAAGGUGAAAGCGGCGCGUUUUGCAAAGGUAAGCAGGCAGGGAACAGAGAGAUUGGAUCAGAACGCCAAAUAUCGCCUUAAUGUGCUUAAUGAGAAUGAUUUGUCUUUUGACAGCCCCGCGCUCUUUAAAUAUCCUGCUUUAUUGUUCACGAACUCAGAUUUCAUUAGCGAUUGCCUAAAGAUUCGCUGCCUACUAGAUCUUUUUUAUUGAUUGAUUGAUUGCCAGCGUGCCUUUAAUUAUGUGUCUCCUGAGGAUGCCAGGGGGCAGUCAGUGGGGGAAAAAAAAGAAUGAGUCCUUCUGGGGAUAAAAUAACUGCAGCAUUAAAUCCAUCUCAUCACCGCGCAGGGGCUUCUCGGUUUGCACUGACCCUCGUUUGUACGAGGCUGAACUGGAAGGGGGACAGGCAGCUGAGUCGUGCGAGUCCAAAAAGGGGGCUGAGGGGUAUCUCCAGCGCUGCCUUUGUCCCAUUACAAUGGGACUCCAUGGACGCAGGCGAAGCUCCUGCUUUAAAACGGAGAUGUGUUUACUUUUAUGACAACUAAUGUAUGCUGAUCCUCUGCCAGUCAUCUGCUGGAGGGCUUGGAAUAAUUCGAAACAAUAGGCAAUAUUUAUUUCUAGGGUUGGGUGUCAUCCUUUGCAAGGUUUUAGGUUUUGUUUAGGAUCUCUCCCCCCCCCCUUCCCCCUUCCCCCCUUUUGUAUUUAUCCAAACUUCUGGGAAGUUUUGCCACGGGGUGCACAGCACUGGUUAUGGAUUAGGAUGGAUUUAAUAUGUGCAUUUGAUUGGUUAGGAAAGGCGAGGGAAUCCACAGUGUUUGUCUUGGCUGCAGAACAGAGGAGAUAUAUUGAGCAGUCGGCUUACGCCGUCAGCACAACCAAUAAUGCAGGGGGAUGUCUGUUCGGCAGAUCAAACCAAGGAUGCUCAGGCAGGGCAAAGCUCUCAGAAAUAAUUUGCCAGCCUUCCCAUACCUCCUGUUGAAAGAAGUUUCUGACGCUGCCCUGGAAUCACUGGGUGAUAGCUCACUAAACCAUAUUGCAAGCAGAUUCAUUGAAACCAAUGAGUCUACUCUGAGUAAGACUAAUGUGACCCCCUUUUUUGGAGGGGAAGGUUUCAAAUGUUCUAUUUUAGAGCAGCAUAAUUAUGAGAGAUAAUAAUACAAUGAGGUUUUUUUUAAUCAAAGAUGUAGUGGCAAUUUUCAUUAUUAUUAUUAUAUAAAUGUAUAGGUGGCUUCACAUCAUAAAACCAUAGAAGCAGUGCACAUAAUAAUAAUAAUAAUAAUAAUAAUAGCUGUAAAAGCAAUAAGAGUAAUUCAGCAAACUCCAGAACAACAAAACUAUCCAUACAAGCUCUAAAAACAAUAAAACAUUUCACCAGAUGUAAAUUUGAUCUUCCAUAAAUGACUGGGCUACACCUCAAAGAAAGCCUUCCUAAACAAUAAGGUCCUCAGUAGGUGCCUAAACACCAUCAUGUUAGGUGCUUGUCUGUUUUUUGGCUAGUCGGUAAUUCCAGAGAGCUGGAGCUGCAACACUAAGAGCCUGGUAUCUUGCAUAGGCAAAGUGUGCUUCUGAAUAAGUUACUCUCAGCAGUGUCCCAUCAGAGGAGUGCUGUUGCUGGGCAGCAAGGAAACAAGGCAGUCCUUUAGAUAUUGUGGUCCUAAGUUGUUUAGGGUUUUAAAAGCAUGUUAAAUGUAACAGCAACAUCUACAUCGAGGAAAUUUAGUGGACAAAUUCCUGAAGAAAACAGCAUCACAAGACAGUGAGUUGAAUGAAUAAUUAAGGCAGCAUGCAUGAUUAUAGCAUAAAUUCCAUGUGGGCAUGAAAGUGUUUUCUAAAGGCUGCAUUUGAGGGGAGUGCUGCCAGCUAGUCUAAGAUUCAGAAAGGAAAAAAGUGAACAAACCUCUCUGGCUCAUCCCCCACUCUGAAGAAAUAGGAAGAAUAAUAGUAGAGUAAGCUUAUUGCAAGUGAUACAAGAAUAUUUUAAAGAUAACAUUUCCCCUAUAUGAAGUGUGAUGUUUGCAGUGGAAAUGUGUGAACCACAGCAAGGCAAACAGACAUGACAGAGAAAGUGUAUGCGAAAAUAACUUAGAAAAUAUUUUUGAAAUUUGUGGCUAAGGACCAUCUUCAUUAGCCCUGGCCCCAUAAUGGAAGCAACCAACCCAAUUGCAUAGCGAUAUUGUGUCAUGCAAUAAUAAAAGAUUGCCGUGCAGUUGGAUAAUUUCAUUUCUUACUGGCUCUCCCCCUUUGUUUGUUGGUUUUGUCCCAGAAAGCUAGUGAGUACCACCCAUUGAUCCAGAAGGGUGAUGUGAUCAAGAUGGGUGAACAUAGCAGAAGCAUUUGGAUUUAAGUGAAAGCAUGUUUUACAGUUAACACUCGUGCAGCCUGAACCUUUCCUUUUGCAUGGACGUUGAAUGGCAGAAGCUUGCUGUCAUCACUGCUAUGAUUAUACACUGGAAGAAGGCAAAUGGCAUCAGAUUUGUGGAUUCCAAAACAGUGUAAUGUCAUUCAAGAGGCUGAAGAGCCGAAAGACAAAGUCCUAAUGCAGUAGAGAGAUCCCCUGCCUUAGGAAGUUGCCUUACAUCGAACCAUCUGGCUCAGAAUUGUCUACGAUGGCUGAGAGCAGCUCUCCAGGAUUUCACACAGGGAUCUUUCCCAGCCCUGCCUGGAGAAGUUAGGGAUUGAACCUCGGACUAUUUGCACGUAAAGCUUGUUCUGUGCCACUGAGCUAUAGCCCUUGCACUGAAUAAUCUAUUUCAUUUAUUGAUUAAAUUUGUAUCCUGCCUUUCCUCCCAGAUGACUCCAGCAUGGUUAUUAUAUUUUCAUCUUAGUUUUGUUUGGGGAGCUGAGGAAUAAUCCUGCACUAAUUUCCCUCAGUUAUGCUUACUGUCUGAAAUGGCCUCUUUCACCAUUUAAACGUUGACAGUACCAUAGAUGCCUCAUGGUGGCUAUGAAAUUAACGACUUAUGCUACAUAAGCUAUGUGAAAUUUUAAGAGGAUUAUUUUAGAUGGGAAGGCUAGGGCAGAAACUCCUGUUACACUUCUCCUGUUAAGAGCCAUUCACAGUGAAUCGCUUCUAAAGAAGCACACCUGUAAACCUAUCACAUGCAACACUGAGGAUGUAUUUGUGGUUCAACAGACUUAAAAGCAGGCCGGUGUGGAUUCUGUGUGAUCCUUGCAGGCAGGCAUAGGAUUUAGUGCUACGGGUGUGCAGAAUUGAGCCUUCAGAGGAUCUCUGUUUUGUAAAACUGGCUUUUGGUUCUUACUGCUUUUAUUAUUGCAAAGAUAAACCUGAAAGCAUGUGGGCAACACAAAGUAAAAUUUUAGAAACCAGAGUUGAGCUGAACAGGUUUCCAGUGUUUCAGGGUGGCACUUUCAGUUCUCCAAAAGGAUUUUGCAUAGCAGUAGCAGAACAAAUUAUAUAAAAUAAGCACACUUUUUUUAGUUAACACAGUUUGUUUAGGUUGCAGAAUUCAUGUGCCAUAACCACCACAUUGGAGUGCUAAUGCAAAAGCUAUCCAAGUUGACUGUCACUAAUAGAAUGCAAUUUGCACAUUGUCAGGGUGGGGAGACAGCUGCCUCUAUGGCGUUAGAAACACAAGCACUGAUGUGCUCAAGUCAGAUCUGGCUUGCUGUUGGCUGCCCGGUCUGCUUCUACCAUUAUCAGCAAAGACACUGUUACAUCAGUGGAAGGAAAGAACUGUCUCUUCUCAGAACUCCUCAUGCAGCUGUUUGCUGGGUUGAGAUUCCUCAGAACUUAGUGAGAUCCAGGAAAGAGAUUUCUUCUUUAUUGUGCAUGCAUGAUUAUUUGUGCUCAUGAUGGUAUCAGGACAAUUAUUCGUGAUCAAGACCAUUUGUAAAACAAAUUGGAGUAGUCAUGUUUUGUUUCCAAUAGGCACAUGCUUUAUAGCAGGACUGGAUCAAACGUUGUUGUACUUUAAGUAGAACUGUCCUACCACUGCAGUGGAUCACCUUUGGAGAGGGACAGCACACUCUUAACUUAUGGAAUCCAGCACAGAGAGAUGUGAUUGCUACCUUAGAUGGCUUUUUCAAAGGUUUAGACAAGCUCACGGGGCAUUUAUUAGCCAUGAUGGCUAAAUGAGCAGUAUAGCUUUGAAAAUCAAUUGCUGGGCACAAAUGUGGGGAGAGCUGCUGCCUAUCUGGCCUGCCUCAGAGUUUCCCAACAGCAUCUGGGGGGCCGCUGUUGGAAACAUGAUGCUGGUUUAAAGGUAAAGGUACCCCUGACCAUUAGGUCCAGUUGUGGACAACUCUGGGGUUGUGAGCUCAGCUUGCUUUACUGGCCGAGGGAGCUGGCAUACAGCUUCCCGGUCAUGUGGCCAGCAUGACUAAGCCACUUCUGGUGAACCAGAGCAGCGCACGGAAACGCUGUUUAGGAUGCUGGUUUAGGAAGUCUCUAAGUCUGAUCCUGCAGGGAUGCUGUUCUUCAUCCUUCUGAGAACAACACAUGUAUUUAUUUGCACCCCACCUUUUCUCCAAGGAGCUCAAGGUGGGCCCCACCAGUUUUAUCCAGACAACAAUACAUUGACGUAGGGUAGGCUCAGAGAAAAUGGCUGGUCCCAGAUCAACCAGUGAGUUUCAUGGCUGGGCUGGGAUUUGAACCCUGGUUUCCCAUGUCCUAGUCCAACACUGCAGCCAACCCACCACAGUAGGAGUUCCGUGCCACCUUUCAGUGUGAAAGCCUCGCAAGACUGCUUAUGGACACAGUUAAAAUAUAAAGUAUACAUAAAAUCAAUUCAGUAAGGCUGCAGUCCCAUGCUCACAUUCUAUUGAACUCAGUAGGACUUACUUCUGAGUAGACAUGUAUAGGAUGCUCUAAGAAAGAAAUUAAAGCAGCCAUCUAAGUUCCCCUCCAGAUGUGCAUUUGGGAUGAUUUGUACUCUUAAAGGUAUCAGAGUGGUCACAUGUACUCCUGAAUUUAAGCUGGUUUGCAUCCUCAAAGUCUUUGAGACGGGUACAUGGUCAAUAGCUUCCAGGAAAUACCCCCAACUUUUCAUACCAGAAAUGUUCCUUGUCUCAUGUGCCAUGCUGCCAUGGCAAUGUGCCACACUGAAGCCGUUUCUCUGUGACGUAAGCCUGUCCCACAUGCUUCCAGCUGAUGCCGUUUUUGUAGUACUGAGGGGAUGUGAAACAAGCAAGCACAACCUGAAUAUUAAAAACUGUGAAAGUAUAGUGCUGUCUUGGUGAAUAACUCCUGCUUAAAUAAAGCGGGGGAAUGAAGUGGGCGGCCCUCGUGUUGCGAGGGCCGGGGGAAGCUUUGCAGCUGGUGAGGCUGUUAAUUUUCUUUUGGUCGGAGAUGGGUAUUUGCAUGAAAGCAGAGGGAGCCCAAAUGGAGGAUCCAUGUGCUCAGGCAGUGAGGGGAGGGCUGGUGGGGAGGCAGACAAAGAGUAACAAUGGUGUAGGUGUGGCUGUGUUGGUAGUGGUCUCUCUUGCCUUAUCCUCUUCCUUUCCCUGCAGGGGCUGAGUCAGCCCAGCUGCAGGGCACAAGGAAGGAGGGAAUGAGAAGGGACUGGAUUUCUUGCUGCAAAGGAAGGAGAGGGAACUGUGGCAAUGGUGCUGCCAGUGCUGAUGCCACAGCUGCAAGAGCCAGAAGAAAGGUCAGGGUGGCAUGUCGGCAUGGCAUCACAGGGCAGCUUCCACUGUUGGGGGGGAAUGAGAGGGAGAGGGCAAAUGGCAGGACUGGAGGAUUCAAAGGAGGCAGUGCAAAAUCAAGAAUGCAGAAACCUUGAAGAGCUUUUCUGUACUGGAGGGGAGGGGAGCAGACUUAUAUAAUAAUAGUAAUAGCAAUUUUAUUAUUUAUACCCCGCCCAUCUUGCUGGGUUUCCCCGGCCACUUUGGGCGGCUCCCAACAGAAUAUUAAAAACACAAGAAAACAUCAAACGUUAAAAACUUCCCUCAACAGGGUUGCCUGCAGAUGUCUUCUAAAAGUCAGGUAGUUGUUUAUGUCCUUGACAUCUGAAAGGAGGGUGUUCCACAGGGAGGGUGCCACUACCGAGAAGGCCCUUCCAGUACAAAUCUACAACAUCCACAUAAAAUGUGCAAAAUGCUUGCUGCCGCAUCCACCUGCAGUACAUACAGUAGCCAUCUGAAGGUGCCCUAGAGCAGACUACAGUCUAGCACAGGAAGCGCAGUAAAAUAAUUUCAAAACCAAGACAUCAGUGAUGCAAACAAGAAAACAUUAAGAACUGACGGGGCACAUUUAACUCGAAAGCAGUGUGAAAUCAAAGGGGUUACAAGGCUCAUUUAAAAGCUGAAAAGGAGAGGGGGGGUCAAAUGUGCAUCCUCGGUGAGGGAGUUUGACAAGUAUGGAGCCACCACUAGAAAGGCCCUGACACUGUGGGAUCCAUUUUACUGAGCAGAAUAUGUGUAAGCCGAUUCUACUUGUUCAAAUCCUUUCAGACAGGGAUUACUAUGAAGCUGGUGGGGCAUGGCUAAUAGAGUCAAACAGUCUGACCUUUAUGUAAAAGCUGCUUUGAGAACCAUUCAAUUCACAGGCAGGCUGUAAAUCAAUCAAUCAAACAAACAAACAAACAAACAAACAAAUAAAUAAAUGCCUCUUUAGGCAUUUAGACUUUUCUAGUUAAAAUCUGCUUUUUGUCCUGAAGCACAAAAGGCUAGGUAAUAUCCUUUAAAAAUGUUUCAAACUUUUCUUGUUUGGUCUCCUUUGUAUUAAUGCGAAUCAUUUGGCACUUGCUGUCUUUUAAAAUCCUGCUAAGUUUUCGAUUUAAGAAAAAAAAUAAAUUCUUGUGGCAGUGAGUUCCACACGAUAAUUUGCACAGAAAAAGUGAUUCAUCACGUUGCUGCCUAUUUUCAGUUGACUGCCUCCUCAUGCCACUGACUAUUCCUUUGUUCUUGUAAUCUGAGAAAGGGGGACUGCAAAAGCUUUGAUCUGGCAUGCCUCUGUAAUUCACUACUUUAUGUGCCACUCUGGGUGGUUGCUGGGAGGAGCGAAUACUGUACAUGCUCACUUCCUUCCAUAAUGAAACAUAGAUGUAAUUGUAUGAGCUCGUUUGCCUGAUUCCCUGCUGAUUAUGAUGUGGAAUCCACCCGUGACCCCACAAUUCUGGAGGGCCCACAAUUCUGCUCCCACACGGGGAGAGAGAGAAAGAGAAGGAGGGAGGGAGGGUGACGCUGUCGCCUGGUCUGACUUAUGAUCAGCUGUUACUUCCUUUUUAUGUGUGUCAGUGUGGAACAUAUUAAAAUUUCUCAGUGACGGUAUGCAUGGAAUCCCUCUGAUGCCGCACCUCUAACUUAGCAGAACAAUAAAAGCAAGGUUGUAGUAAGCCUUUGAGCAGCUGGUUGUCUAUAUAUUCUCUCUUUUUUCACAUAAUCUAAUUCAGAAUAGAAUCCGGGUAGCACUGGCACUACCACUUCCAAGCUCCACCGGCUCUCAUUCUGUUUGCUGGAAUUUUGUGGCGCAGCUCCCCCGAUCGCGGAACUUUAUCUAAAUGGCAGGCAAUGUAUUCUUUCUCGCCAUUUGUCCAUCAAAUGCUGAAGCCAGCUCAUACCAAUGGGACUCUGAGCCACCAGGAAUUCUCCUGGAUCAAUAUUAUUUUAGAGAUUUAGAGACAGACAGAUGGAUAGAUAGAUGAUAGAUGAUAGAUGAUAGAUGAGAGAUAGAUAGAUAAGAACUGAAUCUGCCAAUAAGGUUCUCAUGCUUAUUAAUACAGCAGAGCUAUAAUCCAUGUUGGCAUGGUCUUGCAGGCAAGUUGAGGAUUUGAGUUAAUGUUCAGAGUCUGGUUUGGUGAAGGAAGGUCAGUCAUAUCAUGAUAGUGACCCACAUAUCACUGCCACAACACUCAGGCUGGGGCUGGAUGGGAGCUUCAGAGCAUGCCACCCACCUUGUUAAAAGAAACAAGUUGAUAUCUGAGGACCUUUCACCCUUUUUCAUCCAGUCCUUCCUUCAAGGAAAUGACAAGUUUGACUGAAUGAAUCCAAAGGAAAGGAUUUAAUUCCUGACAAGGGUACGCUGCAAUGGAAUUAUAUAGGGGUUUUGUUGGGGGACACACACACUGUUUUCAUUCAUUAUUAUUAUUUUCAUCCUUUGUGGAAUUUUCCCAGUGAUUUUCUCAAGAGAAAAAGCAAUGAGUGACUGCAACACUUGCAUAUCUACAUAUUGCAUACUGUCUUCUAUUAGGAGCAAAUCAACCUUCCCUAAGGAGCAGGAGUGGGUGGCCUAGAGGGUCAUCACUGCUCUACACCUGGCCUUUGGUUGGUCAUGUUGGUGCUGCUUAAAGGAAGGUGGAGAAACAAAGUAGUGGCAAGGUUAGUGCGGUGCAAAUGCACUGGAAGAUCCAAUCUGGUGGGAGCAUGAGUGGAUUUCUGCCAUGCGGACUUUGCUGCUGCCUUCUCCCUUCCACUCUACCAGCAGUGCUGCAACCAGCCAGAGAUCAGGGGAGCAUCACUGCCCCACCAUGCUUUCUGCUACUGCUAAAUAGUGAUCAAGUUUUUGAGUUCUCCAGACUUUUUCUUCAGGCUUAAGCAAAACAGGGAAAGUGGGAGAGAGCUAGACAUUAUGCAGAAACCUAGAGGUCUGCAGAAAAUGACAGUCUUAAGACGGAGUGCAGGACACAUUAGGCAGGCUUAAUUUGAUUAGUCUCUGCUAGAGAGUCCUGAAAUCUGGAAACAGAUUUUGGGUUGCACCAAUGUCUGCUGGGAUAAAGAAACAAUAAUGAAUGUUCCCCAUAUAUUUUUUUAAAAAAGAUUAUAACAUACAGCAGUUACUCAGAUCCAUUUCCAGCACCUGGAUCCCUUGUGAGGCAGAGAACAGAAGUAAAGAUAAGUUUGGCAGUUUUUAUUUUAAGCAACGUUGGAGGUUGAUUUUGGGUGGCGCACUAAGAGUCAAUAGAAGUCAAACUGGGAGACCCUCCAUAUGGGUGUUCCAAUGUGGAUGUCUUCUACAACAUGCUGUUUACACAAUAAUAGUGCAUUAGUGGUGAAUGUAUUCUACUUUGUUAGCUGUCCAGUGAUAUUUCCCUAUUAGUACCACAUUAAUGUUGUCUGGAGGGGCUAUAGUGCAACAAAAGCUGAACAACAAAAACUCGGAGCAUUUGUGGUAUGAAAAGUUAACGGUAGUUUAGCAGUAAGUUACAGAAUAUACACAGACUGGAAAUGAAACAGUAUGACUGCCCCCCAUGUAAUCACAAAUAAUUUUGAAAGGAGGAUUGAGUAUGAUUCCUCUGAUAGGAUUAUUAGCACAAUUAAUAAUGAGUCAUUUGUAGGAACCAAAAUGCAGAUGGCAUGUCCCAUCUUCACGUAGUAGAAUAUAAUCUUCCUUCAGUUUUAAAAGUCUUCAAAUAACAAAAAUUGUAGGUGGUCAUUUUGGUCUCUUAGGGAGAAAAGAAUCCAAAAAAACCAGUGAGAUUUUAUCAGAACUCAAAUUCUAGAAUUCUACCUUCCAGCUUGUAGAAGAGUUCUGGAGAACUUGAAAGCUUGUUGUUUACCUUGCGACAUGUUUGUUGGUCUCUGCAUUUGUUUCUAGAUCUUUUUGAAUGAACCAACAUGGCUACCUACAACUUUUUUUUGUCUUCUGUGUCCAUUCAAUAAUCCUGUGCCAAGCAACAGUACCCAUUGCACAUCACCAUUUUAAGACGGCACUAGUGAAGCUUGUGAAGCUGUUGCCAGGCCAACAGGGAACAGAGGUUGGGGUGGGAGGUGGGGGGAAGAGAAGAAAUGUUAACUGUGCCUUUUUCUAUGGAGAUGGGAAGAGGACAGUCCCUUCCAUUUUGGCUUGCAAGCCAGAGCAGAACUCUUGCCCCAAAUUGUCCAACUGACACCAGAUAUUUUAAUUGAACUUUGUGGUCUUUCUCCUAUAUAUCACUGUUAGGUGCAAUUCCAUGAUUAGAGGUCUUGAUGCUACUACGUCUGCUGUAAACAGUUACAAUCAAUUUUUCCCCAGGGCAAAGCUAUUAUCCUGCAAUGCCCACAAUCAAAUUACUAUCCAUAUAUUGCUGAACUAAAAAAAGCUUUCAGACAGAAAAUAAAAUGUAUAGAAAUAUAUCUGGACUUGUAAGCUUCUGACAGUGCUAUCUUAUGCAUUUUUAAACAUAAGUAUGUCCCAAUGAAUUCAAUAAGACUUACUCCCAGGUAAGCAUGUAAAAGAUUGCAGCCUAAAUUGCUCUUCGUUUACUUUCAAAAUGCUGUCUAUUCUCCUGCGUUUUAGAGGUGACAUGCUUAUCAUAUGAUUAUGAUUACUUUUAAAAAGAUAGUUAAUGGGUAUUUUUGGAUAAAAUUUCAUCAGUGCCAUCCCAAGUUCUCAAGUAACCAGUAAGGCAGUGAACUAGUUGUCUGGUGGCUGAUGGUGCUAAGGUACAGAAUAAUAACUGACACUUUAGGCAUACUGUGUGUAUACCUGAAAUUUUAUUGGUUAGUAACCUGAUGGAAAUUCUAGGCUGGGCAUUUUCAUGCUGGUUCCCUGCCCAGUUGCAGAACUGAUAUUGUGGGACAUUGUGGAACCAGCAUAGACCAUGCAGUCUCUAGAGUCCCCUUCCCACUAUUGGCAAUAUGGUCUCUGGGUGUGAAAAGAUGCUUUCUUUUCUAGUGGCAUUGCAGUGCCCAACUGACAGCAGAGGCAUGAGCCAUAUGGAUGUUUUCCAAGGCGAGUAGAAUCUCUGGGGGAGGGUCCCAACCAACAAGGUAUCCCCCUCGCCCCAUUUCUUUGCUGAUAAGCACAAAGCACUCUCUUAAUUCCUUGCCAGUGGAGAAGUAAACAACAGGCAUUUCAGAUGUAAACCUUUCUUUUACACCAAAAAAAUCUAUAAAACUAGAGCAAAUGGGUUUUAGAAACUGUUUUGAAUUUAAGACCAUUUUCAGCUGCUCACUCAGAGGAAAAGAGGCUAAAGUGAUAGCAAAUUACAUAGCAGAACUGGCUUCCAGAAAAUGACAGUGAAAUCUUACUCUCCGACAUCAUCCUCAAAAUGACGGGGUUAUGCUGGAGAACUGACUACACAGGUGGAUUCUGUCUUUGUAUUGGAAGUACUCGACAGUUAAGAGGGGGCGUCAUCGAGGACAUAAGGGCCAGAAGUUAACAGACCCACCCUUAACUUUUGGACAAUCUGACUACGGUGCCUCCUUGCUCUCGUCCAGAAUGCUGUUUAUAUAACACUGGAUUAGCGUGUGUGAAUGGCAGGCCAAAGCUUCAACAGAAGUAGAUCACGUUAGUUCUGCUGCAGCCAGAGUUACUCUUGUCCUUUAUGUCAGGCAGGAUCUAGCCCCGAAUGUUUAAAUUUGGUAUCCAUACAAAACCGUGCUGGGUGGGGUGCAAUUAUUUCAGUUUGUUUGGAAUUGUCUUUUAUGUGGCUUCAGUUCUCUAUUUUCACCUCUUUCCCUCUGAGUGGAUCACAGCUGCUUUAUGACUUCAUCCGGCAUUUUUAAGUUGGACAACAAUGCAGUUGCGAGGGUUUCAAAUGCACUCGCAUCACUGUCUGCCUGCCCAGUCAUCAGCCGUGCACAAAUGCUUAAAUAAGGAAGCAUGAAGAAGGGAGAGGGAAACAAUCCCACUGCAGGAAUAUUUAUUUACCGACAAAGGGCAAGACCUACUGGGCACUUCUUCCCUCUGUGCCACAUGGAAACAAAGGGGAGAUGAGCCAAAGCACACUUUUUCUCUUGCUAAGUCCCUUUCACACUACUGUGCCAGAGAACGGUGGUUCUGGUUAAAGAAGCAUUAGGGUGGAGCAAUGUUGAAUGUUGCAUUAAAUGAGGGCUUGAUAGACUGCAAGGAAAAAUGCAAGAGGAAAUCGUUGUCGUAAUUUAAAUUUUGGCGCUCGAGAGGGCAUAGCACUUAGCAAAUAUCCAAUAUCAAUAUAAUGGCACGAACAUUAGCAGAAGAGAAAAUACUCAGCGCCAACCCCUGAUGUUCUUUAUCUAGCAGCUUUUCAAGCACACCCCCCUAAUUUCCAUCUGAUGUUCUCUUUCAGGCAUACAUACGGAACGGUGCCUAGCGCAGCCAAACCUUGCAUGUGUUUCAUAUGAAAACUUUUCUCUAGUUUUUGGAUAUUUGGUAACAAUGACUUAACCUCUUUUAUGUGCUGAUUAAGUUUCAUUUUGCAUGGAGGACUGCAAUAAAAGUUAUGGCUUCACAAAGAGGUGGUUAGAAAAAUGGUUCCACGUGGUGGCUGCCUGCGUCGGAAUUGCCCCAAAGAGAACACAGGUCAGGGCUUGGUCAGAAAGCACAUUAUGCUUUGCGCACUGGAGGCUCCAGAUCAGAUUCCUAUAAGGCAGAAAGUGGGGAACCUUUUCCAGCCUGGGGCCAAAUUUCCUCCUGGUCAAUCUUCUGUGGGCCACAUGUCAAUAGCAAGUGGGCAAGAGGCAGAAGUGUGUGGAGAUGUGAGUCUUACCUUUGCACAGCAGGCUAUAUUCAGCCCAUGCAAAAGUUAAAGGUUUCUGACUUUUGCCACACACUUCUUUUUCCUGUAUCCAGGCCAACAAGAGCCAUUGUCACAAUUCAAUGACAUGCUGUCUCCCUGCCAGGCAAAGACAGUAAGCACCAGUAAGCACCAGCAACAUGUGUCUGGAAGCUGGGAAAGCAAGGCUGCCCCAUCUAUACUUCCACAUGGACUUCAUGUUCCUAGAGCCCGUUGUUUACACCCAUGUACACACACAUCCUAAAUCCACAGUUACCAGGAAGGAACAUGGCCCUCGGACAUGUUCCUUUGUCUGCCUAAUUUCCCCUAUAGCUAGUAGCACUAGCCCUCAGCUGCUGUUUUUAUUUACUCAUUCUGCUGGUGGUUUUAUUAUUGCAUUAUAUUGCACUGCAAGAUGUGCUGGGAGGGAGUUGUUCUGAAAGGCAAGGUAUAAAUCAAACCAGGAAAUAGCAUUGAUAUAGCACUAUAGUGUGUUCAAACCACUUCAGAUACAUUACCCGGUUGAACUCCUUACAAUCACCCCAUUGUUGUAGAUCUCCCUCGCCACUGAUAUUGUGUGAGAGAGAGUGUAGAGGCUAAGGGAGAGUAUUGUGCUUAGGCCUACCUAGUGGUUUCAUGGCAAAAGGAAGCAGAGUGCUUGGAGUGGCUCAUGAAGAGAGUCUGCAAGAGGUCCUUUUGCUUGUGGUUCUCCAGCAGGCACCAUUCCAUGCACACAGGUCACACCGGGAUUAGCGGGAAGGGACUUGCUCCGAGCAGAGAGUCUGCCUCGUGCAGGGCUGCCAUUUGCUUGCACAGCUAGCAGCUCCUUGAAUUUUAUGCCUAUUAUUAGAUCUAAACCUGGCACCAGGUUGGCAGGCUUCGCAGCAAGAGCAACAAAUCAAUCAAGCAAACAAGCAGAAACUCUUCCAAAUAAAACUCUGCUCCGGAGAUGGGAGGGCUGCGCUGGAAGCAAAAUAGGAAGUUGCGUUGCCCCCAGGGCGUCUCGCCCACUAUGGACCGUAACACGUUUAACUAUUAAGUGUGUUUUACUCAUUCGUCCUAUAUUCUGAAGUGAGUAGUCAGUUUUGCCCCCCAGCCCACCCUAUGGAGCCAAGCCCAAGCAGAUGCUUGACAGUGUUUCUGUAGAAUACAGUAGGCAUGUGUCCUGCAUGACAGAGGACAAUUCUCUAUUUGAAGGGCUGCCAGUCCUUUGUUUGAAGGGCCAUCCAUCCUAAGCCCACUUUAAACAGGAAGGUAGAGAAGAGACCUUAAAGUUGCCUAUUAGAUAGAUAGGAAACUGAGAAGGUACAAAAGUCAUCUGGUCACCAUGUUCCUCACUAUGGUGGGCUGUAUUGUGUGUUUCUGUUUAAAUUAAUGUGAUCAUUUCUAAAUGAUCACCUACUCAUCAAAAUCAGCACACACACAUUUCAUGCACAUCUGUGCCCCCAUUUUUAAAGUGCUGUGCGAGUGGCCCUCCUACUGUAGGACAUUGAGCUUUCCGUCUUCCUCUGGUGCUACAAUAUGGCAGCCUGCAUAUGCAGAGAACUAUUGAGCGGUUUCCAUACGAUUGUGGUAUAGCCUCACUUGCAACUGUUGCACAGGGCACACCCUAAAAAGUCUGGUAGUUCAUGCUAAGCAUCAGCCCUCCAGUACCUUACCUAGGAGAAUCCACCAGCUUGUUCUUCCCCACAUCCACAGCUGACCUGGGAAACAGAGGUAGAGCUUUGGCCUGGGUGAGCAGCCAGAUGCCUGGCAUAAAAACCGCCCAGCUGUGUUGGCAAUAGACACCCAGCAGCACAGCGGCAUGUCUAGUGAAGUGGCAGCUUAGCAGAGUGGGUGGGGAAGGUUAUGGCAGGCCUCCAUGGGAACCGCUCCUCACCCUGUUCUUGCAGGGCCCGCAAUUGUAACUUCCACUUUCCCACCACAUUUCUUGUAAAUGUAUGUAAUCAUCUUUAUUGCAGUUUCUGUAAUUUUGGCCUCUUUUUCGUAGCAGCUUAUUUGGAGCUAGUACUUCAAGGACCACCACAGAGUUGAAAGGAGGCUCUGUAGGAUUCUCUGCUCAACCCUGCAGCCUCCUCCAUCAGCCCAUGCAGUCGCUGGCUUUUCUAAGUGCCACCAUGCAAGUCACCCCUGCCCAGUUCACCACCAAGUAGUGUUGGGUAGGGAUGGGAGACGGGAGUAAUUUGAUUCCGUUCACCUCUAAAGGUGAAGCUUUCUAAUCUGACACUUCCAGAACGAAAAGAACUGAGCUGUCCUUUAUCUGAAUUUUGCAAUGCCACUCUUCAUCCAAGUACAGUGGUACCUCGAGUUACAAACACUUCGAGUUACAAACUUUGCCCCAGGAUGAGAACGGAAAUCACACACCAGCGGCACGGCAGCAGUGGGAGGCCCCAUUAGCAAAAGCGCGCCUCAGGUUAAGAACGGUUUCGGGUUAAGAACGGACCUCUGGAAUGAAUUAAGUUCAUAACCCGGGGUAGCACUGUAAUGUAAUGCCUAGAGGAAGAUAAAAUGUACAUAUAAAUGCUAAUAUUGGUGAGAAUAGCAUGCAAAAAUAAAUUAUGAUAGCGGAGAUUGUUUUAUAAGAAAGUGUUUGUUAGACAAAGGUUCACGUGCUAGGAGAAAUUCUUACAAAGACGCUGGUGAAUUUUCACAAGGCCUUUUUUUUGCAAACUGAUUUGGAAAUGUGAAUAAACAGGAGAGAGUGAGAGAGAGAGAAAGAGAAACUGAAAUAAAAAUUGACAGAUUUUCCCCUCGUGGUAGAAAGCAGCCUCUGGGUGGGUGUGGCGCCACGUGGCUCAGCAGUCCAUUGGAUAGAGCAGAUGAACAAUAACACAAGUAGGUCUUAGGAAAGACAUGGAGAAACCUGUUCUCAAGCGAAACUAAACAUGGUCUAUUGCCAUAUAGUUUGCCCCUGCAGGCAGGUUUUUCCAUUCACAAAUUGUGUUGGAGUAAGUGAACUCAGAUUGAGAAUAUGGUGGGGAGGGAUAGGGGAGGCCACUUGGGAGGCUGGAUCCAGCCUGCAGACUGUGGGCUAAUUACCUGGGGUUAUGUCCUUUAGCUUGCUUGCCAACAAGAGGCAUGUCACUGUUCAAAUUGCCUACCUGGAGCAAGGAAAGAUGGGGAAACAGCUAGUGGCUGGAACAGGGGAGAAGCCUUCUAUAUCCUUCAGUAGGAUUUCAAUGGCCAGCCCAGUCCUACCACUGGGCAGGGUGAGGAAGCCUCCACAUGCAGCUGUUUUGGGGUUAUGAAAGAGCAGCAAAUGGCUUUUUAAUUCAUGAUUUCUGUGUUCUGAAUUUAUGAUUCUUUCAUUUUUGGUUACUGUACUCUACAUUUAUGAUUCUUAAAAUUUAUGGUUAUUGUAUUUUAAAUUUAUGAUCCUUUAAUUUAGGGUUAUUUAAUUUAAUUUAAUUUAUGGGUUUUGUACUUAACAACUAUUAUUUCAUUUCAUUUCUGUUUAUUGUAUUUUGACAGCUAAGGAAGGGGAGAGGGAGAGGUGCUUGCGAGGUUUUCUGCGCCAGAUGCCAAAAUAACUUGGCUGCCUUUGGCCUUUAUGCACCUAGACAUGUGGGAAGCAGCAAAAUGUCUUUGGCCAGACCUGCUCACUGAUUAACAUUAUUUCUUCUUCUCAUAUUGGUUGGUUGGACUUGACUGACAUAUCUUAUAUGCUUCUUGAAAAUGAAUUUGGUAGGUUUAUUGGUGGGGCUGAAGUUGCAAGAUCUGCAGCUGUUGCUAUUUUAUCAGGUGGCUCAUCAAUAUAUUUCACCUUCUCUGUCAGCCUGUUUCUGUGUACCCAUUGCUGGGAACUGUAGGUGGGCAGAGUGCUCUGGCACUUAUGUCCUGCUUGUAUGCUGCUCACAGACAUUGGGUUAGCUGGACUAAAUGAGCUAUUGGCCUGAUCUAGUGGUGGUCUUCUUAUGUUCUUAUGUACAUGUUAUAAAAUAUAUAUAAAACAUCUCGGUGAAUAAAGAGAAAGUACAACAGGACAUCUAUUCUUUCAGCGUCAAGAGCUUCAGAUUUUCAAGCACCAGUUAUCUCAAGCAGGAAUAUUGGGAGGUUUUAAAGAAUAUAUGUUUCUAGCCCUCAUCAUUUGAUGAAAUACCACCACUGAUACUUCAUGUCAGGGGUGGGAAACUGGGGGCCCAAUUUUUAUUUUUAUUUUUUAAUUUCUAUACCACUUUAUAUUUUUAAUAAAAAUCUCAAAGAGGUUUAAAGCAUAUUAAAUCUGACCUCAAGAGGAGCCUCUUCAGUAGGGCUGGCUGAGUCUGGGCCUCGCCUCUAGGUCAGGUGGAAAAGGCCUUGCAGAGAGCGGCCUCCACGCCUCACAGCCCUUUGCCUCUCUCUAGCUGAUCCUCACACGAUAUCCCCCAUUGAACCUGCUUGGUACACUCCUUGAGAGCUUCUGCCUAGCUGGAAUGUGUUUUUGAACUGUGAUAAUGCCGCUUGCAUGCCUGGGUAGAGGAUGGCGAGAUGGAUAGACGUGUGUGUGUGUGUGUGUGUGUGUGUGUGUGUGUGUGUGUGUAGAAGACUCUGGCAUCUGUAGUGCUGGAAUGUAGCCUACUGUGCAAAAAUCAGAGUCUCGUCCUGUAGCCUUCUUUACCUAUGGGUCUGGGUCCAGUCACCUCGUACCCUUGCCAGGAGCAUGAAGGAGUUAAGCAACGCCAGGGUGUGAUUCCACAGAGAAAAAGUUUAUUCGGUUACUGCGCAGCAGGUACCAGCGGAAUUGCUUCCAAAGUCUGGCACACACAUACAGGUCAUGCAAAGCCUUUUAUACAUUUGUUUCCCCGCCCUUUUCAGCCCCCUGAGCCUAUCCCAUUCAUGUGUCCAGCCCCCCACGUACUGACUGUGCUCGUGCCCAAGUCAUGUACACCGCAUGCUCAGGGUGUGCCCAAGUCAUGUACACCGCAUGCUCAGGGUGUGCUUAUCUGCAGGGAAGCUCGUGACUGUGGUUAGUACUGUGCAUGUGAGGAGCGUGAUCACCGCCUGGGCUUACUUGGGCCUGUCUCAUCAGGGCUGUUGUGAUAAGAUAAGAACAGGGCCUCUUUCUCCUUCAUUAGAAGGGGGCCUCUUUCUCCUUCAGUCCAUUGCCAAUAAAUUUGGCCCUCAGGCUGAUAAAGGUCCCCAACCUUUGGUGCGCUAUGUGAUUCGAUCCUAGUGUGACUUAAAGCAAAUGCAUGUGGCUUUGGGGGUUAUUUGCUGGAGCUUCUUUGGAUUUAUUUAUUUUGGCUUAUUGCAAGUAAAACAUUUCCAUACAGGUGAACAAAUUUAAUGUAGUCAAGUAGUGGUUCCCAUCUCUUUCUUCGAGAUGGAAAAACCUGACUCUUAUAAUGUGCCCUCUGUAUGGUCACAGAACCUCCUAUUAGUAAAAUCUCAUUCAGAUUCGUUUUAGAUCAGGAUUUGUGAAACAUGGAUGCCCUCCUACUUAUGAAGGCAAGAACUUUCCCCCCUAGCUGCAGACACUCACCCUCAAACACAUGUUGUGUGUGUGCUCACGCACCCUUUGUGGAUGUGUAGGUAAGAUCUCUUUGCUAGCAUCAAGACUGCAUAAUUAUUUUCACAUAUGUUCCAUACAUCUCAGCCCAUUUCAGUGGACACAGCUGUGUGCAGAGCACAAAAAAGCAAGUCUAUCGUUGGGGCAAUCACUGAUUAGAAUGGUUGAACAGAUCACUGGAGAGAGGGAUGAGCCCAGUGAAUUAAUUUUCGUUUCUGCUUUGAGCCAACAUUUCCAUCUUUAAUGUAACUCUCUUUAAUCCUCUGGAACACACCUUUCAAUUUUCCAUGCAAAUCCUCAGGCCUUUUAAUGUUCAGAAAUCCUCAGGUGCCUUGCUAAAUAAUUGACAUUGAACGGAACCGGCUGGAGACUUCAUUGCAUAAAAACAUUUUAUGCAAUAUUAAAUGUCCUUAUUAUUAAAACAUUGAUAGAAGAGGCUUUCAGCCUUGCGAGGCUUUGACCUCUUCUUCCACCACACCUACAAUGGGAUGAUGUUUGCUCAGUAAGUUUUUCUUGGCCGACACUGGUCUUUUGGGCUUUAUUAUUAUUUAUGCCUAGUUCACUCUAGAGGCCAUUUUGUUGUUUUUCCAGGAUCUUAAUUUAUUUAUUUUCUAUCCCAGCAGCCAUGCUGAAGAUGUUCUGAUGGAUUAUACCCUCCACAAAUGCCUAACUCAAAACCAGCAAUGACAAGCCAGAGACUUAGCACAGAGCUCUCAUUUUCCUCGAAAGGGUCUGGGCCUCAGUCUUUAGAGUGCUGCUGAUGCUCUGCCUCCCUCUACUGUAUUUCCCGAGAAGUUCUCCAACGAUGGGAAAUCAUGUAUUAGCCGCUUCCAUUUCCAUGCUGUCCCUUCUGGCAAUAAUGGGAGACACAGACAGUAAAACAGACAGUACUUUCAUGAUCGAUUCAGACCCAGACCGUUGCAUGAGGCACCAUUAUGUGGAUUCCAUCAGCCACCCUUUGUACAAGUGCAGUUCAAAGGUAAGUGCUAUCUUAAACUUCUCAACCUUUCUUACAUGCAAGCACCAAAAAACCCCAACAACAUAAGGGAGGACAAUGUGUUGUGCACACACGUAGUAUCUGAAGCACACAGAAGCGGAAUUUUUACAGUGCAGUUUUGCACAUGCUGAUUCGCAAUUGUACACAGCUAUGUGUGAUGACAUCAUCUAAAGUGGCAGCUGCUAUUCAUGUUGUCUGUGCAAUGGUCUUAUCUACUCCCCUCCCCUCAAACAGUGUGUAUAUAACACUCUCUCUCUCUCUCUCUCUCUCUCUCUGUGUGUGUGUGUGUGUGGCAGUAGUUUGAAAGAGAGGGGUUGGAAACUGGUGUGCUGAAAUAUUAUUUUUGUUAUUUAUUAUGCAUUAAGUUUAUACGCUCCCCUUCAUCCAAAGAUCUCAGGAUGGCUCACAAGAUACAAAUACAGGAUAAAAGCACAAAAUAAAUAGUUCAACCUCAGGGCCAGGUCUACCAUUAGGCAGAGUGAGGCAGCCAACUCAAGCAGCCGGUUUGGGAAGUCAUGAAAUAGCAGCAAAUUUAUUAUUGUUACAUUUUUUACUGCCAAGGAGGAAGGAAGGCAUUUGUAGGAUGUUCUGCCUUGGGUGCUAAAGUAACUUGGCUGACUUUGUGUUCUGUGAAUUUUGACUUGUGGGUGGAGCGGAAGGCACCAUUUGCUUCUCCACGUCAGGUGGCAAAAUGUCUUGAGCUGCCCUGGUAAACCUGUCUUUAUAUUCCUAAACUUUGUUUUAAAAAUCAUAUUAAAUCCCAGUACUGUUUCUAAAACUUGGGUCUCCAGCUAUUGUUGGAGUGCAACUCCCACCAUCCCUAGCUAGGAGCUUAGUGGGCAUAGGACUGUAGCCGCAGUGAACUUCUCCAGCCAUGACUGGUUGCAUUUGAAUUAAGGGAAAUAUGACAUCUAAUCCUUUGAAAAAUAAAUGAAUUAAUAAAGCUGAUACCUCCGAAUACCACAGACUGAAAAUCAGAUGGACAUCCAGAAAACUGAUGGUGUAAUUCGCCCUUUCCCAACCUAUUGCCUUUCAGGUGCUCCUGUCAUAACCAGUCAGCAUGGCCAAUGGUCAAGAAUGAUGGUCAAACAUCAUCAUGAGUGCCAUUGCUUUCCCAUGCCUAGUGUAACUGAUCACUCACACAAAGAACACUUAUUGUGAAGGAGAAGCAGAGGAGAUGAUGUCAGUACAACUAUGUGUUUGUGAAGUUCCAAGGAGAUUCUUAAGAAGUCUGACUUUUAUUUUUAUUUUUAAAUGAAAAGGGCUGAUUCCAGGACAGAUCAUAGAGAUUUUUGCAUCUGGAGUGAAAUAUUGAAAAGAUGCCUCCCACAAGGGGCUGAGCUGUCGUUUUUUACUUCCCACCCUUUGCACUGCAGACCUAUGUGCCAUAUCUCAAAGUCUCCUCAGUUUCAAAAGCAAUUUGCCACGAGGUCUGAACUGCUGUUCAGUGUUUGAAAGUAGUCACGCUGUUCUUUGGAGGCAGGAAAACCAUCACUCUUUCUGGAAACUUGUCUGAAGUAACUGCCCCAUGACGAUGCCAGUUCUGUCUGAUUCAUGUGGUAUAAUUUUUGAUACACCUGCUUGAAGAAAUUUAUGAAUUGGCCAAUUGCAAAUAUAGUCAGCUCAACUUCCCUUGAGUGAGGUGGCAAUUUUUCCAACCACUCCAGUCACAGAAAUUGUUGCUGACAUAUUUUUGAUCUGUCAGUUCAUAUAUAUUAAGUUUCUCCACAUGAGCACAUUCCUAGAGAAGGCAUGGACUGCCUGCAGGGACACAAAAUAGAUUAUGUGAAUUGGCACUCAGCCUUUAUGGCUGCAGAAUUGCGUUAGAAAAUGUGACAGCAAGAAAUGCUCUGAAAGGUACAUUUAUAAAUUGAAAAAUAUACCAUUUAAAAAUACUAACAUGUUCACCAGCUGCAAUCAGAAAUCUACCAGAGUGCAAGCAAGCAAAUACGUACAGCUAAAAGAGGGAAAUUAGCCACACUCAUCCGGAUUAUAUUUUCUUGUGUUUUGAUUGAGUUGCUGCAUUCACUGAAAAGACACAAUGUAGGCUGGGGAGAUUGUUUUGUAUUGUGUGGAAAUUUUCCUGACUCAGCUCAGUGUUCAGGACUGUCAUUGUCAUUCAGGUUGUUUUAAAGUACUUCAUCUAGUCAUUCCCUUCUCAGCCAGACAACUUCUUUUGUUACAGACUUCCUGAUAUGUUUCAUUUUGUGAAUGUAUUAAGGGGAAAGUGUGACUGACUGUGUAGACAGUCUUUCCUUCAAGGUGGUGGUGCUACCACCAUAUUUUAAAGCAGAACUUCCAUAAUGAGUGGAAAGACCAGAGAUUUCCUCAUCACCACCAGAAACUUCUGUAGCCCUGCUGCCAAGUCCCUAUGAUUUUUAGUUUCUGUGAAUUCUUAGCAAGAAGAAGAAGAAGAAGAAGAAGAAGAAGAAGAAGAAGAAGAAGAAGAAGAAGAAAGAAAGAACAAUACCUCAAGAAGAGUUUUAAAAAAUCAAAAUUUAUAGAAUAUGAAAAUGUCCCUAGAAAAUUGUCAAUGCAUUUCAGUAGGACACAAGAAUACAGUUUCCCUCUUACAAUAUUCAUAUUAUUCUUAUUAUUACAGGAAAACUGUAAUAUUGUACACUUGAGGAAAGUUUUUUAACAAAAUGUAUCAGGCAUUUUCUAAAGACAUUUUUCUAUUCAAUACAUUUCAAAAUUUCAAUGCAAUUUGAAUCCUUGACCCCCAUUUGGCCUCCUCCUUUUUGCUAAUAUUAGUAUAUAUUGCUAAUAUUGGUAUAUAUUUCAUAUAUUCAAGACAAUAUCCCCCCAAAUAAAAAUCAGUGUAUUUUUUGUGGUUACCUUGUAGGCCUCAUCACAAUGAGACAAAGAGGUACUCUUGAGAAAUAAUCCCUUGUGGAUUGAAAGUAGGGCAGUGGGGUGGAAUGGCCCUUCUGUAAUUGGGGAUGGGCCAUAGCUCAGUGGUAGAACAUCGGUUUUGCAUACAGAAGGUCCCAAGUUAAAUCCCUGAUAGCUUCAAGUCAGGCUUGGAGAAGACCCUGGUCUGAAACCCUGCAGAGUCACUGCCAGUCAUUGUAGACACCGCUGAACUAGGUGAACCAAUGUCUGAUUCGGUGUAACACAGCUUCUUAUAUUCUUAAUUACAUUCAGUUGGUAGCAAAAUUGAGGUAAAAACACACCACUUGCCUUUCUUAAGGGAUAUGAAAUUCAUUUGUGUCCACACACGUCCUCCUUCCACGACAGCUUCAGAUCCAGUUUUCUUUUGAUCCAAAUGCAGUAGAUGUGGUUUACAUAUGGUUUCAAGUGAUUUUUGGCCAACCUUUCCUUUUUCAUUUAGAAACAUGAGAAAAUGCCAAAAAAGGUGUUUUUGCUUGGAAUAUUGUGCUUGGAGAAACUUGCUGUGGCUUAAUAGCAGCUGUUGAGUUUUCUGCUGUGUUCUGCUCCGUGGAAGUGGGGAAGAGAGGCAGCGCCAUCGAUUGUAGCUCCAACACCUGCUGCUGUUGCUGACCAUUUGCCCUUCUUUUCUCUGCAAAAACCAGCUCACAAAUCCAUACAGAGAUUUGUCCCCAUUAUUGCCUGUUAAAAAUGAACUUGCCUUCUCUGUUCAGCAUUUUAAAAAAAUGCAAACGACUGAUACCAGCAUUAUAUUAUACUAUAUAUAGGAUGAUGUAGACUAAACAUAUAAAAAUAUAUAAGAUGCAUAAAAGAAAUGCAUAAAAGAAAACUGCAAAGCAUAAUAUAAAUCCUUCAUAGAAGAUUAUGUCAACUGCAAACUGAAAACAACAAUUAAGCUGGAGAAGGCCUGAGUAGAAAGAACAAUCGCCUUCUAAAUCUGGCCCGCGGAUGGUCUGGGAAUCAGUGCGUUCUUACAUGAGUAGAAUGUGUCCUUUUAUUUAAAAAGCAUCUCUGGGUUAUCUGUGGGGCAUAGGAAUUCGUUCAUCCCCCCCCCCCUCAAAAAAAAUAUAGUCCGCCCCCCCCACAAGGUCUGAGGGACAGUGGAUCGGCCACCUGCUGAAAAAAUUUGCUGACACCUGAUCUAAAGCAAUGCCUGAAGGCCCUCUUGGUGGUACCCACAUACUGAAUUUGUGACACCUCAAACAAGGGCUCAACAGCUGAGCCCAGGGGCCAGACAGGAAUAUCGGGCAAGUGGUCUUUAAAAGCAUUACAUACAAUCAGUAAGGGAUUUCCAGAAGGAUAGCAGUGUUAGACUAUUGCAGAGAAAUCAGCAAAGAGUCUUGUUUCACCUAAAGACUGAGAAGUUUCUUAUGGCAUAAGCUUUGCUUGACAAAAGUCUACUUGCAUUGUGUGUCACUGUGUGCCACAAGACUCCUUUAUAUUAUUAUUAAAUCUGGAAGAUAUCAUCUGUGUCUGGGGAAAUAUGGUCCAUAAAAACAAGAGAGAGGAAUGAAUGCCAAUCAGUAUUUAAUUCUAUAACAGUAGCAAGCCUAGAGUUGAGAGAAAAUUCUCCAUGUUAUUCAUGGAUAGGGUGAGGCAUUUCAUUACCCAUGAAUAGAGCGGAGAAUUUUGGGAGAGAAUCCCAGAGGGAAGAAGAAAUUCUGUAACAGCAUCUUGGGGCAGAGCUCACCAUUAGCAAUGGCAAUAGCAUGGCUGCUUCUUCUUCGUUUGCUGAGAAUGUUUUAAUUAGACUGCUGUCAUAUCUAUAAUAUUAUUGCACACAUACAUGCCUCUCCCUCAGAAGCACUACAGUAGAUUCCUUUUUCUGCUUAAGUGCGUUAGAGAAAUAGACAGGAAACAACUGGACUAGGAAAAGAACUGGAGUCCAAAUUGGCCAUUUCCAGGUGUCCACGGGUGCUAGAUCACAUGACUGGGUUUGCAACACUUCAUAUCUUACCCCUUCUGAUCCAUAAUCAAAGCAUUCUAUAUUAAAAAAAACCCCAAAUAUGCUGAAACAAUGUAUACAAAAUGUAGCUGAUGUGAUAGAAAACUUAGGCCCAGAGUAUAUAUACCCAUAAUUAAAUUAUUAACACAAUGCAAUGAGGCCCAAAUGGGUUGUGAAGUGGGCUGCUUAACAGGAACCAGGUAGUUAUGAACGAUACAAUUUCUGCUGGCAUCACAAAUUUGCACUGCUCUGGGGCUCCGUUCCUUGAUUCCUUUGUCUCCUUCCUUUGCAGAUGGUGCUGCUAGCUCGUUGUGAGGGACGUUGCACUCAGACAUCACGCUCCGAACCAAUGGUGUCCUUCAGUACGGUCCUGAAACAGCCCUUCCGCUCCACGUGCCACUGCUGCCAGCCACAGACUUCCAAGCUGAAAGCCAUGAGGUUGCGCUGCUCAGGUGGCAUGAGGCUCACGGCCACCUACCGUUACAUCCUCUCGUGCCACUGUGAGGAAUGCAACUCCUAGGAGCAAACCUUCUGCAGCAGGAAGAGCGGGAGAGACACAUGGUCUGCAGCAGAAUUCUCAGAAGCAACAGCAGCCAAGGCUCACCUUUUCGCCAACUUGCUAUUACAGGUCUCACACAACCAAGGCCAGUUAAGCAUGGAUUUAAUUUUCAGAGCUGCAGAAAGCAAAUCACGAUGUUGCUUGGGAAUGUGCCAAAUCACGAACAGACAUCAGAAUGUAUAUCUAUGCUGAAGGGAAAAACCCCUCUUGUGGUGGAGGAGGACUGGUUUUUAGAAACCUAUUUUUCUUGGGAAAAUACUUUGGGUAGUUUUUCUGGUUCAGUAUUUCUUUAAAUUCUGAAUAAGGGCCUGUGAGAAAUUAUGACUCUUCAUUUUGAGCGCCCUGCCAGUAAAAGUAAAAAGAACGAAAGACAUUAUAGAAUAUGUACAUUGGAUGCUAUUAUGUGGGAAAUGUUUUAUUUUAGAAGAAGAGAAAGACUCCGUCCCUGUAUGCAGAAGCCUAUUGUAUCUUUUAAAUAUGCCCAUUAGUUUAUAUUGGCCUUGGAAAUGGACUGUAUUGAUGGUAAAAGUUAUAUUUUAUCUGGUUUGGCAGCCAAGUGCUGGACAAUUUAUUGUGGUUUAGAUGCAGUUACAAAAUAAAUAACAGAAAAUUUAUUGAACAACAAGUGCCGAUCCUCCAGUGUUGGGAAGUGGUGUUUACGAUCAGGGACUGAAGCUUUGAAAAUAGUUGUUUUCAAUUGGGCCUCUUUGCUACUAUUUUAACUUCUAUGCAGGGUCCAGAGCUUCCAAAAUAAUAAUAGCUAGUCUUGUUUUCCUUCACAAUAGGCACAAGUUUAAAUGAAGGAUUCUCUUAUUGGUGAAGACAUGGUUUUUCAUUACUUGGUAAGUGCAUCAUUGACUGAUUACUUACAUGGGUGAAAUGGUGUCACCCAUGUCAUGCCCCUUGAUACAACUUUGAGCACCGUACUUUGUAGCGGGGACUGUAUACACUCUUCUGCCCCCCCAAACACCUAACCAUUGUGGCAUUUGUAAUCAACAGCUUCCCUUCAUUAAAUACAAAGCAAUGACACCAGAGUCUUACUUAAAGUCAUGCAUUUUUCCAUUUUCCAAUGGAUAUAAAUUUAUGUUUCCAAGGUGACGUUACAGUAGCACAGGAUAGGAUUAUAUGCAGAAAUAAAUCAGAGUCUGAAUUAGUCUAAUGGUUUAUGAAUUACUUCUGGUUGAAAGUUUAGGAGCAGGCGAAGCCAUUGCAGUUACAGCUUUCUAUGCCUAGCUUUCCGUGGUUAAUAUAAGUCCUGCCUUGGAUGGCAAUGUAUUCUUCAGAACAAUCAACCAGUUUUAGAAACUCUUUUCCGCCGCAGAAACCCAAAUAGAUCUACCAUAUGAGGAAAUAAUGUUCGCUCUGAAUUCUUUGACUUCCAACCCAAUCCCCCAAUCACUUGUAUUAAAGAUCUAAGAGCUGCAGCCAGGCUAAUUUAGUUGGAGCAGUUUUACUGCACCGCUCUAAAUAUGAGAAAAGAGUAAAGUUGGGGGCCAGAAGUGAGCAGGCAAGCAGCCCAUCUGUUCUAUGUCAUCUAAUCUGUCUGGAAUAAUUGCCAUAUAUAGCAACCAGGAUUUUGACAAUUACAUCACAGAGAUUCCAUUAAACGCACUGAAGGAGUCCCCAGUGUCUCUUGGGGAAUGGUUGCCUGGCUAAUGAAAACAACAAAUGAAAUGGCCCAUGGAGUUUGUAGCCAAACAGCUUUAUGACCUACAUGCCCAUAAUUGUGAUCAUCCAGGGAACGCCACAGCUCUUUGUUAUUGGCUUUCCAUCAAUAAACUAAAGAAAAUGGAGAUUAGUGGCAGGUGUGAGCUGUUUUGUGCAGCUAAAUUCAUAGACAGGAUAUCAUUCAUGACAGAAACGUGAAGAACAUGAGGUCAUCAUAGAUAGAUAUACAUUGCUUCAUCUUGACUGAUAUUUCUUUCACCCCUCUGAAAUUAUUAUGAACUCAUGAGCAAAGCACUUAGGAGAAUCUCUCUCUCUCUCCCUCUCCCUCUCUCUCCCUCUCUCUCUCUCUCUCUCUCUCACACACACACACACACUGCAGCAACUUUGUAUUUCAUUUGCUUAUAAUGGAAGCCUAUGCAAGUCUACUCAAAUGUAAGUCCUAUUGAGUUCAAAGAGACGUACUCCCAGCUAACUGUGCACAGGAUUGCAGCAUUACUAUUUUAGUUACCGUAUAUUAUGGUUACAGCUACCAAAUUUUCAUGUCUAUGGCAGGAUUGCCAUAUUGCAGACCAAAGACCCAUCUAGUCCAGUAUCCUGUGUUCAUAGUGGCCAACCAGAUGUCUAUGGCAGCUUAUAAGCAAGAAUACAAGUGCAACAGCACUCAGGAUAGCUUAGCUGGUAGAGCAUGAGACUGUUAGGGUCGAGGGUUCGAGCCCAACAAUGGGCAAAAAAGAUUCCUGCAUUGCAGGAGAUUGGACUGGACGGCUCUUCUAACUUUACAAUUCUGUGAUUCUAUGAUUUUCCCCACUCGUGAUUCCCAGCAUCUGGUAUUCAGCAGCAUACUGCUUCUGGCAGUAUGGAACAUAGCCACCGAGAGACUUAACCAUGAAUUUGUCUAAUUCUCUUUUAAAGCUAUCCAUGUUGACACCCAUCCCUGUGUCUUGUAGGAGAGACUUCCACAGUUUCACGAUGCACUGUGUAAAGAAGUACUUUCCUUUGUAUAUCUUCAAUCAUCCAACAUUCACCUUCAUUGGAUGCCGCCUGGGUUCUACCAUUGUGCCUUUCUACCCAUUUUCUCCAUACCAUGUUUAAUCUUCUACAGCUCAAGCAUGUUGAUGGGUGUCAGAGAACUCUGAUGGAAAUGGAAAUUGGAGCCAAUGUUUGCUCGUUCAUUCCAUGUCCGGAACACAAUCCAGAAAAUACUGAUCAGUGUUCACUGCUAUUGUUGUUUUUAGUCCACAAAUGAUACGUAACUGAUUACAUUUCCCUUCCUCAUAUGCAUUGUUUCCUUUGCACUAGAAUUAAUGGGGUGGAAUAAUGUAACUUACAUAAUUGUGUAGGUUAUGCAAGUUAUGUUAGCUCACCACAGUAGUGAGACAAAUAAUGUAGUUUUUGGUGGAAGAUAAACCAUAGUGUUACAUGUGACGAAAACAGGGUGGAAUGGGAAAAUGAUGCCCUCUGACAUCCCUAGCCAUGUCCCUUCUUACUUACCUUUUUUUCUAAACUAAAAAGCAUUGUAAUCUUUCCUCAUGGUGGAGUUACUCCAUCCCUUUGAUCAUUUUGAUUGCCCUUUUCUGAACUUUUCCCCAGCUUUAGAUUGCAUUUUGUGAAGUUAGGUGACCAGACCUACGGAGUCAGAAAGGGUAAGGAGAUAAUCUAGUCAGGUUCGCCUGAAAGAGAUAAGGGUCUUGUUCUGAUCAGGGUCUGGGCAGUAAGGGAAAUGGUUGCUGACCCCAAAUAUGCAGACUCAUUAACGUGAAACCUUAUGACAUCUGCAUUUCCUCAAGGAAUUAAAUCCAGAGGCCUUCAGUUACCAGCGUGAUGCUGUCUCAUAGAUUAUUAUUUUACUUACACACACACACACACACACACACACACACAAACACCAGAACCAUUAUUUUCAGUUUCAACAAUGCCUAAUACAAGCUGUCCCAUAUUUGAUGCAUGAUAUUACACCAAGACUUCCAUUGAGUUUCUGGAUCAUUAGUAGCCUAGAAUUGUAGUGGGUGUUGUUAAAACUGUUCCAGUAGCUGAAUAAUAUUACCCAGGAAAUGAAAUUUCUUGCUAUUCAAACACUGUAGCAAUGUUAUAUAUCUCAGCUAACCGCUGUGUUCAGCAUCUCCAUCCGUUCUCCACCCACCGAUUACAUUUUGAGGCACUAAUCAUCUUUCCAAGAAAACGCUGAAUAAUGAUGCGCAAUAGAAAAGCAUGUGGUCGUUCCAUUCUCUCUCCCCAGCCCUGCAUAAAAAGAGAAGGAGAAUUUAAAGAAACAUUUUCACUCCAGAAGCAACUUAGGAAAGUAUUUAUAGUAAGACAAAAGAACUUGGGACUGUGUGUAUUUUCAUAUUCCCUUUGGCUAACACAAUACCAGAACUAUUAUCACCACAGUAGGACACACAAAAGAUAUUUGUGUAUUAUUAAUACUCCUUCAUACAUUCCUUCCUUUUCUGCUACAAAAUAAUCAUGAUCAUAUUCUUGUUACAGCACCAAAGUCUUUCCUGCAUCCAAUGAAUUGUAAGGGCAUUAACUCAACUGUUUAAACAUUAACCGAUGCUCAAUUUUUAACAACAACAACAAACCUAGAACGCUAUUAAGUUUUAUACAGUGUAAACAGGUAAAUUUAGGUUCUUUUUAAAAAAUCAUUUUUAUUGAUUUUCCAAUAAAAAACAUCCAAUUAAUAUAUCCAAUCAUAAUACUCCAAUUGAAAUAAAAAAGACCAAAUUAUAGUCCAAAUUAUAAUUAUUAAUUUUUCGGAGCUCCCCACAGUCUGGAUCUCUGAAGCAUAUCUUCACAUCUCAGUCCUGCCUCUCCUCAUUGUUUCCAUAUUUUCCACAUCUCAAUUUUGACACUUUAUCAGGUAAAUUUAGGAUCUGAUCCACCCCACCCUACAUUAUGUUGGCUGCUGCCAGAGUCCUGACACAAGGCAUGUGGGUGGGUGGAAAGGCCACUGGCAGUAUCUCCACCAGUGAAGCCCAGCGGAAAGCCCCCAAAUGGGGCAUCCUGAUGAUGGAGCCGGCCUGGGAUCCACUGGCCAGCAUCAGGCUUGACCUGCCUGCACCCUCAGCUUCUGCUGCCUCCUUUGGUGGCUGGGCUGAAGAUGCAGAAAUGGUUCCAUUGAAAACAGAAGAAGGAACCCUCUUGGUAGUUCAGCUGCCCUCAAGAGUUGUGGUGAUUUUCCCCAGCAGAGGGCAUUCUCUACUGCAGUCCCAAGGUUGUGGAACUCCUACCCCACAAAAGUGCAUCUGGAAAUUUCACUUUGCUGUUUCAAGCGAAUGCUUCAAUACACAACUCUUUUUUAAAAAAAAUAUUUUAUUAGCUUAAUAUGACUAUUACAAAAUCAGAAUCAAUUAACAAAGUGUUACAAUUACAUACAUAUAUCCAAAAUUCUCCAUAAUGCUGUU